AUGGCGUCCGAGGCUGACAGCGGCUCCUUGCCCUCGGAGCGCCCCUACCGCUCCCACCUUCGCCCGGCCUACCUAGCCUGCCGGAAGCGCAAGUCCCGGUGUAAUGUCGACAAAAAUGGAGGAACAUGCUUGACUUGCCGAGCUCACGGAACACAAUGCGAGUUCCCACCGGCUCCUGGUGGAGCUUCGCCGCGGCCGAAGUCUGCUUGGAGAAACGCCCAAGCCCGUACAUCAAAGGACCUGGGCCACCGCCCGUCCCCGCCACCUCAGCCCCCGGCUCCGACGUUCUCCUCGGAGCCUCAGUACAAUGACCAGACGAACCAGCUUACGUUGGCCGAGGCAGACCGGCGUGUGUCAAAGUCCUCAGAUGGCCAUCCUCCCAUAUUCUCACCCCAGAACAAGCGGUACCCUGAGCCCAUUGGCGAUGGCGGCGAGGAUGAGGCACACAUUGUCGGACCAGCAGACAUUGAAGAUACUCAAGUCUUGUCCACGUACUUGUCAAAUGAUUCGUCUGGUUUGAACCGGGGUAGGAUAUCGGUGACGAGCCCACGGCAAGAGCACGGAGGUGGCUCGAGGAAACCCGUUGUCUUUACCACGGUGAGGAAGCAGCCUAUCGGUCUUCCUGACGACCGCAACCCAGCCUUCUUGAAAUGCCAGAUGAUUGAGAAACUUCUUGAGCCAAUGCUACCCGAUGUUGUCCAGCUCUUCUUUGAAAAGCCCAACCGUUGUUUCCCCUUGUUGGAUAGACAGUCCUUUGAGAAACGGUUCGCUGAGGACAGGAGGCACAUAUCGCCGGCCUUAUUGGCCUCGCUCUAUGCGCAUACAAUGACCUACUGGGCGCAGUCCCCCGAACUCGUCACUCAUCACCGGCCCGAUACCAGGUUCAUUUGGAAUCAGGCCAACGAUGCCCUUUACUCGGAAAUGCACCUUUCCCCAGGCAUCUCGACUUUGCUAGCCAUCCUUCUCAAUAUCGCCGGCCGGCCAUUGACUUCGAUUAUCGGAAACGGCCUUCAGCUUGGCUCCGCUAUCUCUCUAGCUCACUCACUCGGCUUAAACAGAGACUCUUCCGAUUGGGAUAUUCCAGAAGCCGAGAAGCUCCUGCGAACAAAGAUCUGGUGGGCCAUCUUUGUGUAUGAUAAGUGGUCGAGUCUGGCGUACGGCACGCCGCCGCAGCUCAGGAGCGGCCAGCACGAUGUCGCUCUUCCUACGGUAGAGCAGCUAUGCGGCUCGGCACCGAAUCCUGUCGACCACGAGGCAACGUCUGUAUACUUGGCAUUCGUCGCUCUGUCCCGUUUCCUUGACAGAUAUUUGGAGCGCAUAUAUGACCUAGAAAAGACCUCAACUACCGGUCCUUGGGACCUGGAGGUCUUGCUCACGCAGUGGGAAGACUCACUGGAUAACAAUAUAAGGCGGAGGAUCAUCCGCGGGGGCGAGAGUCUCGACAUACCAGGUUCAGCGAACCUACGUCUCGCGUAUCUCUACAUCAGGCUAUUGCUUCGGAAGUGGGAACUCGACGCCGAGAAGGCAGCCAACGCCGACCACACGUCUUCGAUCCCCAUGCGUUGCUAUCUUGAAGUACGACGGGCGGCCGAGGAGAUUGUGCUUCUGGUUCAAGAACUUAAAGAUCCCCAGCUUGGCGACUACUGGCUCCCGCUUCUCACCUUUGCAUUCACGUCCACCACCAAGUUCCUCCUCCGCUGCGCUUUAGAAACGGAGAACACCGUCAGCGGACUGGCGCAAAGUAUGUCGCUGAAGCUGGCACGCGAUCUCAUCAAUGCGCUGCAAAUUCAUCGCCAAAAAGCCUGGGACGUGGGAGACUUGUGCAUUGCGCAGUAUUCCGAGGUCAUUGAGAAACUUGCUACGUCCACAUCGAGCGCAGAAUUCUCCGAGCAGCCAGUCGAUAUGCCCGAGCUUCAAGAGUUCGUGUCGACAAGCGUGCCUGACAUUGAUGAGCUCUUCCCUAGUCUAUGGGAUAUGUUUGGCCAGCUGUUUGCCAUCACCUCACCCCGGAACUCAUCGAUAGACUCACAUAAGAUGGAGUCGAAAAGAGUCGCUGUGCUCUACCAAGCCAUAGAUCCUCCUAUCAUCAAUGGGGUGCGCAAGCCGAUGAAGCCUGGUGGAUACCGCGACUCAGGAGCCGAUAUCGCCUUCAACCUCCAAGGCAGCAAGUCUUUCAAUGCGGUCACUCCAGUUUCGACGCCCUCGCCAGAGAAAGAUACCGAGUGGUGCUUUCCGGAUACCGAAGAGGGGAUUCUAGACGCUAUCAAGAAGGGAGCAACUCAUCUCUGGGCCAACACAAUCUUAUUCGCAUCUCACCCACUACAAACUUCCACGUCCCUCGGAAGUGUCCAGGAUACACUCAAAGCGGUCGGGCAUGGGCCUCUUGUUGUUGAAAAGUACGAUGACAAGGAAUAUGUGAAUGAUUUGCUUCGCCGGAUCGGUGGCUUUACGAUGCCUCGCUCCUGGACAAUCCACUCCGACCCGGCAGUAGCAACAAAGAUCGAGCAGCUCCAAUUUCCGUUCCCGAUCGUCGCAAAACCCAUUCGCGGACGGGGAAGUCACGGCGUUCGAGUCUGCCAAAAUCUCGAGGAUCUCAUUGCCCACACCAAAGUCCUCUUCCAAGAGUCGCCGAGCAUCAUGCUGGAGGAAUACCUCUCUGGCGAAGAAGCCACCAUAACCGUGAUGCCGCCGAAUGGGGAGAAAACAGACUACUGGUCCUUGCCCAUCGUCACACGCUUCAAUCAUCAAGACGGGAUCGCUCCCUACAACGGCGUGGUAGCGGUCACUGCCAACUCGAGAGUGAUAACGGCAAAGGAGGAAGAGGACCCUGCGUAUGGACGGAUCGCGAGGGAGUGUGAGGCAGCAGCGAGGGCACUGGGCGUCGCAGCCCCCAUUCGUAUCGAUGUGCGACGAUUUUCUGAGAAGCCUGGAUCCGACUUUGCUCUAUUCGACGUAAACAUGAAGCCGAACAUGACCGGCCCUGGACGGCCUGGGCGGGAUGACCAGGCAAGUCUGACGCUUUUGGCAGCUGAGGCGCUGGGGUGGGACUACCCAGAGCUGUUGAGGCAGGUGUUGAACACAUCCUCGACCUUGAAGACACUGAGGGGAUUGAAGCCAAGAGAAAAUUAA